AUGCCAAAAGUUUUAAUUGCUGGUGGUGGAUUAGUUGGUGCUUUAAAUGCUUGUUUCUUUGCUAAUAGAGGUUGGGAUGUUGAAGUUUUUGACAUUCGUAUGGAUAUAAGAAAAAUGGAACAUGUUCCAGGUCGAAGUAUUAAUUUAGCAUUAUCUCAAAGAGGUAAAGCUUCCUUAGAUGCUGUUGGGUUAAAAGAUUAUAUAGCUAACUCUGGUGUUAAAAUGUUUUCUAGACUUGUUCAUGACAUAGAUGGAAAAACUUUUCAUAGACAACCUUAUGGUCAACCUGGAGAACAUAUUGUUUCAAUUAAUAGAAGACAUUUAAAUGAAAUAAUGAUAACAGAAGCAGAAAAAUUUAAUAAAGUUAAAUUUUAUUUUGAACAUAAAGUAAUAAAGGCUGAUUGUAAAAAAAAAGAACUUCAUGUUAUUGAUCUUAAUACAGAUCAGUUAUAUAAAAUAAAAGGUGAUCUUAUUAUUGCAUGUGAUGGAGCACACUCAGCUGUUAGAAGAAGUUUAAUGGCAUUACCACAUUUUAAUUAUUCUCAAGAAUACAUUGAACAUGGUUAUGUUGAAUUAAAUAUUUUACCAAAAAAUGACGAUUAUGCUUUGGAACCAAAUGUUUUUCAUUUGUGGCCAAGAGGUGAUUUUACAUUAAUUGCAUUAGCAAAUAGAGACAAAACAUUUACAGUUACUAUAUUUGCUCCAUUUAAAAUUUUCAAAAAAUAUAUGUAUGAUGAUAAAAGUGUUUUAAACUUUUUUCAAAAAUAUUUUCCAGAUGCAUAUAAAUUACUUGGAGAUAGUCACAUUAUUGAAACAUUUAAUCGUAUGAAACCACAAACUUUAUUAAAUAUUAAAUGUUCACCACAUAGUUUUGGGGAUUGUAUACUUUUAACAGGAGAUGCAGCUCAUGCAAUGGUUCCUUUUUAUGGACAAGGAAUGAAUUGUGGAUUUGAAGAUUGUUUAGUUUUUUCAAAAAUUCUUGAUGAAUUUAAAGAUGACAUACCAAAAGCAUUGGCUGCCUAUAGUGAAAGAAGAGUAAAAGAUUGUCAUACAAUAAACAACUUAGCAAUGUAUAAUUAUAAUGAAUUGAAAGAUCUUGUAAACAGAAUGGGAUAUAAAAUCCGCAAAAAUUUUGACUUAAAAAUGAAUAAAUAUUUUCCAAAUUUUUGGAUUCCUUUAUAUUCAAUGGUAACAUUUACACAAAUACCAUAUUCUAAAGUUGUUGAAAAAAGAGAAUGGCAAAAUAAUAUUAUAUCAAAAACACAAAAUAUUAUUUCACUAUUAAGUAUUAUAACUAUUGGAGCAAUUAUAAUUAACAAAAAAGAAAUAAUCAAAAAUAUAUUUACUAAAUCAUAA